AUGGAGUUGGAUAGUGUUGUAGCUAUUUUAGUUAUAUUUUGUUGUUCUUUGGUUACGCUUCUGGCGAGUGAAGAAAGUAUCAAGAUGGGCAAAUCAAUCACUGGUAAUCAGAAAAUGAUUUCAGCUGGUGGAAGUUUUGCCUUAGGCUUCUUCACUCCGUGUAAUUCUACAUUUACCUAUCUUGGCAUAUGGUACAACACGAUCCCCGAACAAACAGUCAUUUGGAUUGCUAAUAGAGAAUCUCGAAUUCCUCAGAAUUCUACUGUUGUUUUCACUAUUGGUGAUCAUGGGAAUUUAGUGAUUUUUGACGUAAAAGAUCAACUUAUUUGGUCAUCAAAUGUUUCAUCCAUAACUUCAAAUUCUACUGUAGGAGCACUACUAGAUAAUGGAAAUCUAGUGCUCAUACAUGGUGAGUCUGAUAUAUUGUGGCAGAGCUUUGAUCAUCCUACCGAUACGUUUAUGCCUGAUAUGAAACUUGGUUAUAAUAGAAAAACUGGACAACGAAUUAUGAUCAAUUCGUGGACAAGUAAUGAAGAUCCUCGGCCUGGAAAUUUCUCGUUUGGGAUAGAUCCUGAAGGGCAGACGCGUUUUUAUAUAUUGAAGCAGAACAGUAUUUAUUUUAGGUUUGAUGAUAGUAAUGAAUACAGUGGAGGGAAUAUCGGAGGAAUUGCUUGGUAUAUUUCUGUUGUUUCGGGAAAUGAUGGAGUUUUUGUUACGUAUGGUUAUACCAAAGGGUUGGUAACAUUAAGGAUUGUUUUGCAUCCUAAUGGUUACAUUCAGUUGCUGGUAUGGAGUCAAAAUUCUAAUAAGUGGAAAGUUAAACUUCAGGCACCAGAAUCUCUUUGUGAACGUUACGCGGAGUGUGGUCCAUUUGGCAGCUGUGAUGUUGGAUCAAGUGGAUUAUGCAGAUGCUUAACUGGAUUUGAACCAAGAUUUUCAACAGAUUGGGAGAACGGGAAAUGGAAUGAUGGUUGUGUUAGAAAAGUAGCAUUGAGUUGUGAUGGCGGAGACAUAUUCUUGAAACAUGAAGAGGGUAUGAAGUUUCCGGAUCAUGCUAUCUCCUUAGGACAUAUGAGCAUUAAGGACUGUGAAACGCGGUGCAUUAGGAACUGUUCUUGUUCAGCUUAUGCUUAUUCGAAUAGCACCUGUUUAAUUUGGUUUGGAGAUUUACUGGACCUUUCCCACAACUUUCCUGGUGGCAGAGUUCUCAAUGUUCGAGUUCGUGGCUCCAUGCCAGUUACUCAUGGUGGAUCUAGGAAUUCGGCUCAUAGACACAAAGUUUUCGUUGCGAGUAUUGUUUCUGCAAUAUCUAUCAUCUUGGUUCUUAUAAGUAUUUUCUUCUUUAUCUUCGAAAGAAAGCACUUGAGAAGACUAGGCUGGAAGAAUGGAACUAAAGCUUUCAUUAGGUCCGUGUCUGGUUUAUAUUCGGUUGAAAAAAGCGAUAUGAAGUUGCUGCAGUACAACUUUCAGCAAAUAAGAGAGGCUACUAACAACUUUCAUGGAGAACACAAACUUGGAGAAGGUGGAUUUGGUCCUGUGUUUAAGGGGUUUUUAGCUGAAUUCGGAGACGUAGCCAUCAAAAGGCUAAGCAAGAGGUCAUCACAAGGACUGGAGGAGUUUAUGAAUGAACUGAAGCUAAUCGCGAAACUGCAGCAUAAGAAUCUUGUCAGCCUCUUAGGAUGCUGUGUUGAAGGGGAGGAGAAAAUACUAAUCUAUGAGUAUAUGUCCAAUUGCAGCUUGGACAAAUUUCUGUUUGACCCUUCGUUGAAGGUUACACUAGAUUGGGUUACACGUUUGGGGAUAAUAGAAGGAAUUGCUCAAGGAAUGCUUUACUUGCAUAAGUACUCGAGAUUAAAAGUCAUCCACAGGGACUUAAAAGCAAGCAACAUUCUUCUAGAUCAAGAGAUGAUCCCUAAAAUAUCAGACUUUGGAAUGGCAAGGAUUUUCGGGACUGAUCAAACACAGGCCAAUACAAAUCGAGUCGUUGGUACAUAUGGCUAUAUGUCUCCGGAAUACGUAGUAUAUGGCCAAUUUUCAGAGAAAUCGGAUGUUUUCAGCUUCGGAGUAUUGCUGUUAGAAAUCCUGAGUGGUGAACGUAACUCAGACUUUUUAAUGACUGAAAUUUCCGCGUCCCUCUUAGGAUGGGCCUGGAAUAAGUGGAAAGAAGGAAAAAUCUUGGAGUUGAUUGAUCCGUCCAUAAGAGAAACCUGCGACAGUAACAAAGCAACAAUAUUUAUUCUGGUUGCCCUUCUCUGUGUUCAAGAAAUCCCUGUUGAUCGACCAACAAUGUCUGAUGUAUCUUUCAUGUUAAGCAACGAAACAACGCCUAUCCCUGAACCAAAAGAACCUGCUUUUCGUAGCAGCUGGCAAUCUCAGCAGUUAAGUGAUGUAUCCAUAAAUGAGAUGACGAUUACCUUGCCAAUACCGCGAUGAAAUGAUUUAACUUCUCCUACUUCUUGUGGUAAAUUUUUCUUGUCAGGAUAGAGCUGUCAUAAUUUUUUUUUG